AUGAACAAUUUGUGGGAUCAAAUUCGACGGUCUCAGGAUGAAGAUGAUGAAGAGAUGAUGGCCACCAACGCCAUUGUCAUCGCUGCAGUCGCAGAAGAAUCUGGAAACCAACACCGAGGGCGCGGUUCUCAUCCAGGUCGUGCACCAAAUGAGGAACGACUUAGAGAAGAAAGGGGCAAAGGUAUGUUGGCCGACUACUUUGUCGACCGGCCAGUGUUCAAAGAUCCGGUGUUCCAAACACGUUACAGGAUGAGUCUCAAUCUCUUCAAGCGUAUAUCUACUGACCUUUGCCAGUAUGAUCAUUACUUUGUUCAAAGGUCAGAUGCUACCGGCAAAGUCGGACUGCUUCCGGAGCAGAAGAUGACAGCUGCCUUGCGAAUGGUUGCUUACGGUGCAGGGGCAGAUCAAUGUGCUGAGUAUUAUCGGAUGGCGAAAUCCACCUCCGUCGCAGCCCUUCAGCACUUUACACGAGGAAUUGUUGAUCUUUACUCAGCAGAAUACCUCCGCGCUCCUACUGCAGCCGACCUCAGACGACUUCUUGCCAAAGCUGAGAGGAGAGGUUUUCCAGGAAUUAGUGGGAGCAUCGACUGUAUGCAUUAG